AUGUCGCAAGUCCUCUUUGAAAAAGUCAUCAUAAUCACAGGAGCCAGCCAAGGAAUUGGCCGUGCCAUCGCAAUUGAAUGUGCACAGCACGGUGCACUAUUGGUUAUUCACCACAUUGGGGAUAAUAAAUCCCAGCAAGACGUGGAAGCCCUUUUGAGCGAGAUUAGUGCCAUCAGAAAUGCACAAGAGACAGCUCCCAGUGCUGUACACAUUGGCCUUGACGUGACUGGCCCUGACGCCGGGAAACGGCUAGUAGACCUAGCAGUUUCGACGUUUGGAAGAGUCGAUGGCAUCGUCCACAAUGCAGGUAUCGCGCAAUUUGUUGACUUUGGCGCGGUCACCAAGCAGCAGCUCGACAAGCAUCUGUCAGUAAACUUCGGUGGCCCAUUCGCCAUCACCCAAGCUGUCACUUCACAGAUGAUUGCACAGGGCUCUGGAGGGUCCGUGGUUUCGAUUGCCUCGGUUACAGCCACGACAGGAUCAAGUCAGCUCGCUCACUACGCUGCAACCAAGGCUGCCGUCCUGGGAAUGACUGUCAAUGGCGCCGUUGCCCUUGGCAAACAUGGUAUACGGUUCAAUGCUGUCAGCCCUGGAACCAUCACAACUUCUAUCAACGAGGCAGACCUCUCAGGCCCAAAGCGAGCAGCCAUGGAGGGUAGAGUACCGCUGGGGCGUCUAGGAGUGCCGGCAGACAUCGCAAAGCCAGUUGUGUUCUUCCUCAGCGACAUGGCACAAUAUGUGUCAGGCCAGAACUUGAUUGUAGAUGGGGCAGCCACAGUCUUUUACCAAUAG